AUGGCCGGCGAUAAGCAAAUAGCCGUCGUCGGUGCCGGAAUAAGUGGCCUUCUUGCUUGCAAACACCUGAUGGAGAAAGGUUUCCGGCCGGUGGUUUUUGAAUCCCGGAGCUGCGUCGGCGGUGUGUGGGCCUUCCAAACCGUUGAAUCCACCAAACUACAGACUCCUAAAACUUACUACCAGUUCUCGGAUUUUGCAUGGCCACCUUCCGUCACGGCGGCUUUCCCCGAUCAUAAUCAGGUGUGGCAGUACAUUUACUCCUAUUCUGUGUACUUCAAUCUCAUCCCUGCGAUUAAGUUUAAUCAUAAGGUGGUGGCCAUCGAUUACUCUCUACCGUUGGAUGAUGAGAAGAUCUGUGGGUGGGAUGAGUGGGGUGGCAACGGUGGGCCUUUCUCCGUUGAAGGGAAAUGGAAGAUGCUUGUACAACACACCGUCUAUCCAUUAGAAGCACCAAAGGUUUUCGAAGUUGAUUUUGUGAUAUUAUGCAACGGAAACUAUAGCGACUUCCCUAACGUGCCACAAUUUCCGAUUGAUAAAGGGCCAAAAGUGUUCGAUGGUGUGGCUAUACACUCCAUGGAUUAUGCAACGAUGACCACGAUUGAUGCUGCUGAAUUCAUCAAGGGGAAGAGGGUUACGGUUGUUGGCUUCCAGAAGUCCGCAAUCGACAUUGCGGUCGAAGUUGCUAAAACAAAUGGAGUUCGACAUCCGUGUACAAUGGUGUUCAAGACAGUGCAUUGGACGGUCCCCGAACAUCUAAAUGAACUCAGCUUUCGAAACUUGAACCGGUUUUCAGAGUUGAUGAUCCAUAAGCCUCGUGAAGGCUUCUUCCUUUGGCUCUUGGCUAUUCUUCUCUAUCCCUUGAUAUGGAUAUACUCAACUUUGAUACAAACCUAUCUUAAAUGGAUAUAUCCAUUGAAGAAACACAACAUGAUCCCAAAACAUGGCUUCAUAACACAACUUGCUUCAUGUAUGCUGCCUGUUUUACCUCCUAACUUCUAUGAAAGAGUUGAAGAAGGAAGCAUAGUUUUGAAGAACUCGCAAAGCUUUCAUUUCUCGCGAAACGGUAUCGUUCUUGAUGACGACCCGCUACCUAUAGAAACGGAUAUCGUCAUCUUUGCUACUGGUUUUAGACCCGAUGAAAAGAUCGCUAAGAUCUUCAAAUCGACGUUCUUUCAAGGUUGUAUAUUCGGAUCCUCGACACCCUUUUACAGGGAGUGCAUACAUCCUCGGAUCCCACAAGUAGCGAUACUCGGGUAUUCAGAGAGUCCAGCGAACUUGUUCGCAACCGAGAUGAGAAGCAAAUGGUUGGCUCAUUUCAUGGCUGGUAACAUGAAGCUGCCCACCAUAUCAGCCAUGGAAGAAGACACCAUCAAAUGGGAGAUGUGCAUGAGACAAUAUGCCUUCAAAUCGUACAAGCGAGCUUGCAUCGGUCUCUUGUUGCAAAUCCAUUCAAACGAUUUGUUGUGCAACGACAUGGGCUGCAACCCAAGGAGGAAGUCGUGGUUCCUACCCGAGCUCUUCGCACCCUAUGUUCCACCCGACUAUGCCAACCUUUGAAUAUGACAGGCUUGUACCAGAAUAAACUCCGGAAAAUAAGAUCAAGACUUAAACAUUGAUUUGAUCUCAUCA